GGUCACCUGUAGAAUCAAUAUCAAGGCCAUAAUCUGAUAUCCACCUCCAUAUCCACAGCCAAGGGUGUUUCUAUUGAGCCAUCCAAUGCACCUUCAGCCAUUGAAACUCCCGCCCACCACAGUACCAACCACAAAGGCUAUUUCCCCUAUCUCGACUCGUUACCCGAUACCUACUUAGAAAUCUACCACCUAUAAUCAUUAGUUCUGAUAUGAGAGUCUUGCCCAGGGGUGACGGGGGUGAAUAAGGGGGCUAAAAUAAGUAUCUGGUGGCGGCCUGCGGGACCCACAAUGCCUCACCCAGCACGACAACAAGAAACAUGUCGGUGGGACUCACGGACGAACGCCCCGGAUUUUGGUUACUAUUUCCGCAUAUCUGAGCAAGGAUAAAGCUUGAUGUCAGCACAACACGAUGGCGGAGUCCAGCCUCGAUUUAAGGCCUUUAACGGCCCUGGAAAAUCUAGUGGGAGUGCAGAUAGAGAGUUUACAAAUGGGUGACGGGCAGACAGUGGAGGAGGAGGCCGCCGUUAGUGAGCCUGGCGAGGGAAGGGACGCGGGCCAGCACGAGCCGCUCAAACUGGUGGACGAUGACAGGGACACCUCCAGCACGUCCCCUUCAGGCGUGGCGGAGGCCUCGGAGGGGGCGGCAAGGCUCGUGGGGGAGAGUGACAGCGCUGGGGUGGAGGAGGAGAGCGAGGCGGCGCCCCCUCAAGACCUCCCCGAGCUGGACACCCAGAGUGAGGACCCCCAGGGCGCGGCGCUCCCCCCAGCCAGCCCCCCGGCCCUCACGCCCCCGGAGGCACCCACGGCCAGCGAGGCGGAGCAGAGCAGUGUGGAGAAUGUGGAAAACAGUGGGGAGAACCAGGUGACGGAGAGUGAGCCUAUGGUUGUGGAGAGGGCGUGGACAGAGGCAGAGGAGAAGGAGCAGCAGGAGGAGCCCUCGCCCGCCGGUGGAAGUGGUGGCAGUGACGAGAUGUUAGUGCAGGAACCUGAGGCCAUGGUGGAGGGGGCGGGGGACUCCAGUGCCAGCAGUGGGGGCGGGGAGGGGAGUGUGUCUGGGACGGGGGCGCCGGUGACGGAGGAUCAGUUCACCUGGGACGCUGUGCACUGUGUGUUCUGCGACUCGAGUGUGCUGGACCAGGAGCCGAAGUUGCUGCCCUGCCUGCACUCUGCCUGCAAUAAGUGCCUCACUCACGAGGCUGCCGAACCUGAGAUGAACAAAGACGAGGAUAUUGUUGCCAUGGACCCGCUAAUCCACUGUCCAGUAUGCAAGAAGGGGUUCCCUCAGGAGAGCAUCCUCGACAACAUGUUCGUGUGUGAGGCGCUGAGCUGCAGUGCUGAGCGGGGGGCCAACGGGCUGGCAGAGGAGAGCUUCACUUGCACUUCCUGCACUGAUGAGGCUGUUGCGACGGGGCUGUGUACUGACUGCUCCGAGUGGCUGUGUGACCAGUGUAUCCAGGCCCACAAGCGAGUGAAGGUUACCAAAGACCACAUCAUUAAGGCGAAGGGGGAAGUGGAUUCAGACUCGCCCUCAAAGACUCAGGUCAAGAAGUCCCUCUUCUGCAAUGUUCACCCCAAGGAAAAGUUGAACCUGUACUGUCAAACCUGUGAUCAGCUUACGUGUCGAGACUGCCAGCUCAUCGAACACAGGGAGCACAAGUACAAGUUUUCAGAGGAGAUGGCCAGCCUGACUCGAGAGCGAUUGCGGCAGUUCCUCAUGGAUAUCCGCAAGAAAAGAGGCUAUAUAGAGAAUGCCAAGGAGCUGGUGGCUGAGCGCAGGCAGCAGAUUCUCAACAAGCAGGAGUCAGUGCAGGCGGACAUCAACAGGCUGGUGGAGACGUUCAUUGACAUCAUCAGGACCCGAGGCAGCAAUCUGUUUGAGUUGCUCCGUGAGGUGUGUAACAGCAAGCAGGAGCAAUUAGACAAGAAGAACGAGGUGCUGCUCCAUCUGGGCUCACAGGCUGACCACUGCAUCACGGUGGUCGAGGCUGUCCUGACCACCUCCUCCGAUAUGGCUCUCCUCUACUCUAAAAAGUUGUUGAUGGAGCAAGUGUUGAAGGUGGACAAGGACUCCCCGGACCGCAGCCUCUUCGACCGCUUCAAGGCCAAGCUGAACUCUGGGGACGACAUUUCCCUCAGGAUAUCCAGCGAGUCGAGGGGGCUUGGGAAGGCUCUGAAGGAUGUUGGCUACCUGCUGGUGGACAACAAGAUCUACCCUCCGCCUGAUGCGGGGCUGCAGAGUAAAGCCCGCUCCUCCCAGCCCUCCCCUGUGGAACAGGCAGCCUCCCCCCAGCCUCCCCAGCCCCCUCAGCCACCAGCGCUAACACCUAUGCACUCACAUAUCCAGCAGCAACAGCAACAGCAGCAGCAACAACAACAACAGCAGCAGCAGCAGCAUCACAUACAAGGCGGCAGCAACAUGCACCACAAGUUCCACACCUUUGGGCCGGCACCUCCUGGGCCUGCCAACCCCCCGGGCCUGGUGAGGAUACAGCCCAAGCCCUCCAGCCAGCCCCACCCCGGCCCCAGCCACACCUCCUUCCCUCGCAUGCCCCAGCUGACUCAGGGGCGCUCCUCCGAUGUGUCCUCCUCGGUCUCCUCCACCACACACCCCAUCGGCGAGAACAGCCAUCUGCGGGGUCUGCUUGGCUCGGGCGGGACAUACAAGCUGAACACCUUCAACCCACACCUGGCAGCACGGCUGCAGCAGCACCAGCAGCAUCAGGGGCAGGGCCGCCAUCACGACCAACAACCCUCCAGUCGGCCCUCCCUGCCCUUCAGACAGAACAUCAACCCCGCUGCUGCUGCUGCUGCUAUGGCUAACAUAUCCCAGUUGGCAGCUGUGUCACCUGGCAACACCAACCCUCUGGGCAUGGUGAGCAUGGCCCCACAGCUCAACCCUCCCUCGGGCAUCAGCAUCACCCCUGUGCCCCAGCAGAAGGCGGGACACCAGUCACACCAACAGCAAGUCCUGUCGCAGCACCAACAGCAGAAGCAGCAGCAACAACUUCUGCAUGGCAUCCUGCGUAAUACUUUGUCCCAGCCAGCCAUUGGACCCAAGCCAGACUCGCGGCAGGCAUCUCCGCACAGCACACAGCAGCCGCCACAAAUCAAGAAGGACAGCAAUAGCCCCACGCCCUCCUGGCACAUCCCACAGACAGCAGAGUCCUCUAAGUCAGCCAGCAAUAGCUCGCCCAUGGUGUCCAUCCCCUCCGAGAACGUUGACAACUCCUUCAAGAUCAUGUUGGGGUCCAGUAAAUCCAACGGAGGGGUGAGUUCCUCUUCCCCGGUCAUCCCCAACUCCAUCACCACCACUACCAUGACCACCACAACCACCACCACCUCCUCCACCAACAACAGUACCUCCAACACUCCUCCCAACUUGCCCCCACUCACAAGGAUCCGACAGAUUGUAGGCUUCAGGUCCAUCCUCCCCAAGCCCCACCACUCGUCAGAGGCGGCGGCGGAACCCGUCCUCCCCACACAGAGUGCGGACCAGGACUCAGCCUCAGAGGACAACAAGCUCAAGGUGCUGGCGACCCCGAUAGUAUCAAUCAGCCUCUCCGCCCUCACCUCAGCCGCCUCCUCCACCACCAUCGCUGACGCCCUCAGCAGCAGUACUGUCAAGGUGAAGGAGCAGCCUGGCAUACGUGCUGACAGCUCCUCCAGCCCCUCCAGCGGCCUCACCAUCACUGCUGAGGAUAGGCUGCACAUCACAGAGAAUGGUGAUGACAGGAGUCGGAAGAGAGGAGACGAGCAGAACAAUGAGAGUGAGGACAGCCUGCCAGAACUCACCAUAGACAUGGGAGCAGCAGAGGCGGCCCCUGUGGCAGUCCCGGAACCUAGGAACGGUAAAAACUUGGGCAUAGCGCCGGGCACCUCUGUUCCGUGGAGGAAGGAUCCCAACGACCCCAACGAUGACUGGUGUGCGGUGUGUUGGGACGGCGGGGACCUCAUCUGUUGUGACUUUUGUCCUAAGGUGUUUCACACACACUGCCACAUUCCCACCCUCACCCACAUGCCCACGGAGAACGAAAAGUGGCAGUGCAUGUUAUGCACCGACAUAGACAGUCUGCAGCUCCUGGACGGCCACGACAAAGAGAAGAGGAAAAUGGGCCUCACCAUGCGGGACACAAAGGUGGCUCAGAGGAUACUGCUGGAGCUGUACUGCAACUAUGAGGCGUCACAACCCUUCAGGGAACUGGUGGACCGAGAGCUGACUGAGUACUAUGAGGUCAUCAAGCACCCCAUGGCGCUAGAGAUUGUGAAGAAGAAGCUUGCUGCAGGCUCUCCAGACCAUUAUGAGUGUCUCGAGGACUUCGUCAGGGACAUCCGACUCAUCUUCAAGAACUGCUACGAGUUCAACCCUAAAGACACGGAGAUCUACCAGAACGCCAAGAUCCUGGAGGACUUCUUCGAGCAGCUGCUGGAAAAGUGGUUGACAGACUAUGCCUUUGACACCAUGGAGACCUUGCAGGAGGACCCCGACACCCCAGAGCCAAAGAAGAAGAGGAAGCUGCUGAAGGAGGCCGACGGUGUAUUUCACAUUCACUGAAGUCUUGGUAGUAAGUAGGGAGCAGCAUAUCCUCUCUCAGCAACCCCUUGACAUGUUCAGGCUUAAGUUAGUUUUUAUAUUCCUUCCUCGGUAAGCAGGCCGGCCUUGUUGAGUGGUGGAGUUUGGAUCAACAUCUGCCGAGAUCUCACAGUACAGAAUGUGUGUGUGUGUGUGUGUGUGUGUGUGUGUGUGUGUGUGUGUGUGUGUGUGUGAAUGCAUGAAUGGCACACACAAGGAGGGUGAGCAGAAAAUACACAUGUCAGCAGUGUAGUGCGCAGGACAUUAUUACACAGCUGGUUGAUUCUGUACCUCAAUAGCAAAUUAAAUUGUUCCUUAAAGUUUGUUUCUGGGGCUUCAUGACUUACACUGUUCCAAAAUUGAGUUCCUGGGAGUAGCCAGACUGAUGGGAGAAACUUCACCAAAGACGGUCCCAGAACAAGGCAGAGACCUUUUAUAUUAUUUAAUAAGUGGCUACUAUAAGUAGAACUUGUUGAAUUGCAGUUUUUGCUCAACAGUACCAAGCUUUGACUCGUGAAACACAGUGAGAUCUGAGGGAGACAGGGUAAGAGGCAGACCAUUGCAGUGAUAGUCAUUGUUAUAGUGUGUGAUUGUCAUUUAUCCCUUCCUCAAGUAAGCAAACUUAAGGGUAUUUGCAGCUGUAGUUUUAUGGAACUAUGUGAGGAGCAACAGCAAGUAAUAGUUGUCAGUUUUGUGUAUAAGUCCUAUUUAUUGUUUGUGGAAUUUGUAGUUGUAUGUGUAACAGGUUCUGUAUAUAGCUGCAUUAUAUUUUGAACAGUGGCAUCAGUUUCAGAAUCUGUCUUUUAUAAAGACAUUCACUAAUGGUAGUGAGUAACACUGUUCACCAAUUCAUGAAAACAUGUUGUACAUCAGAAGCUACACAAGGCCACUGUGAGUGCAGGAUGAGAAUGGGAAGUGACAUCUGGGUCGAGGGAGUGACUUCCCUCCAUGACUCCUUACACUUCACUGCUAUACUAGUGUGGCCUGCCUGUGGCCCACCAUCAAGGGGCAGUGACAUGCCCCACAGCUGCAGGGAAGGCUGCCUCACCACCUCUCAGGCCUCUCUAAACACACAACAUCUACAUAACAAGGGUUGAUAAUGCUUGGAUGUAGACAAACUUUGAUUACAGUACAAUAUUACUCCUAAACCUGCAUUUUCAUUAUGUAUAAUGCCAUUUUUUUAUUGCACUAUUUAUUCCCAGAAUAGAGUAGUGUUUAUCUAAAGUGAUGUUGAAAUGCAAAUGGAAUUAUGAUCUUACAGCUUUUAUUAAUCCUUUCUGACUUAUAAUUUGGAAGUACACAUCAAAAUGCGCUUCGCUUUUCCUGAUUUCUUGGAGUCGUUACAAUCACGGUGUUGUGGAAGUAGACAAUCCAGAGCAUUUUGUCUCACCACCAUUCAUGAUGAGCCAUAUUGAGUCCUGGUGGCUGCUGGCGUGUGCCUGGGGGGACGCCUGUGAUGGCUUGCUGCUGCACCGGGCCACUGAGUCUUGUGUGAUGAAGGGAUGCCUGCAGACAGUAUUACUUGAUAUUAUAGCUAUGGAGAUGGUUAAUAUUAAGACAGAAAAAGAGAUGAUUAGACUUGGCUGUUUUGACUAAGAUAUGACUGCCAAGCUGGACUUGUAUACCUUUUCCAAAGUCUUUGAGAUGUGAAGCAGAAAAUGAUGAGCCAUAUUGAGAGGAGAGAGAGAGAGUGCUUAUUUUUGAUGAGGUGAUAUUCAUUCUUCAAAGAGCUGUGGCAACCUAAUAAGUCAGGUAACCAGAUACAUGUGUGUACCCUGUGGGUGUCCAGCUGAGUGAAAAGUCAAAAUGUAUAAAAUGAAAGUGUAGUUCUCAUUGAGAAAUUGUGAAACACUGGUAUAUUGUGGACAUACACAUCAGCCCUUCAAGGAAACAUUGGCAUAUAGGUAAGCUUUGAUUGUUUCAUCCUUUGUAUGCAAAGAGCAUCAGACGUGAGGUGUACUUGUUCCUGUGUUGGUUGUCAGGCAGUGGUCAGGAUGGCUGAUGAGUUUACAAGGAUUCCUAAAAGUAGUCACAACGGGGAGGAGUGAGCGCUGUGGUGCUGGCAACAACAGCGUGGUGAUGGCUGGGCUGGGCCUGUGGUGGGGACUGUGGUUUACACUGUCUCUUGCCUCUCAAGUGGACAAUUCUCUGUGAAAAAUUGUAAUUUGUGUAUACGUGGAGAGUGCACAAAUUGUGAUGUCUGGAGAUGUGGCAUUAUGUUCAUAGGUAUAUUUUUUAAUUGGUAAUAGUAAUUUGUAUGGGUUAUUGUUACCUGGAUGCAACACGAGGAGGCUGUGCUUCAGCCUCAACAACCUUCAAAAGUGCUUUAAUCAUUUCUCCAUUGCGAGAUUAUCAGUAGUAAGAUUAGGCUGUAAAGGUUUCUGAUAACUCAGUUUGAUAUUUCUUAUAUCUAUGAUGUAAGAGCUAUGAAAAAAUGAAAUAUAGAUUUAUAAGAAAAAAGUUUUGUGUGAAAAACAGCUUAUCACCAUGUUUUAUAAAUUAUUAUUUCACACCCUUAAGUGAGUGCUCUGAAUGUGAUGUGCCGAGUAUUAGUUCCCCUUUGUUGCGGUGUGUGCUGAGGCCGUGCAAAACUCCCAGAUUAAGUGUUGUAAAAAUGCAGUGAAGACCAAGGCUCUUAUAUUGCUGUAUGGCAGUGUUUUGGUUGUGUUUACUUGUAGUGUAUUAGUGGAGACACAUGAGGGGGAUGGUGUUGGGAAGCAGGAGAAGCAACAACAGUUGGUGACUCCCAUCACAGACACCUCCAUCCCAGAACUCACUGUGAAAGUCUGUUAAACUGAUAGAUAGUGUAAUAAAUUUUGUAAUUUUACUUCCAUAUUGAUAUCUAGUCUGAAUCUGGUCUGUGCAAGAUAGGAGCUUAAAUUCAAGAAGGAAAUGACUGAAAAACCUUUUGUCAUAGACUUCUACUAUCAUUAAAAUAAAGUUCAGGAAUCUAAACAUUCACCUGUGUCCUAAGGUGUGAUACCAUGGACCUUUGACUUUAGAUUUGUCUGUCACUGGUGAAAGUUAUCUUUUCAUUGCAUGCAAUGGACUGUGUGUCUACAUCACCUCAAGAGCUGUGGUCGCCCAGCACAUUGCUUGCAUGUUGCAACUUCUUGUACUUGCAUUUAGAUGACUAUUAAACCCACUCUUCUAGUUUUGCAUCAUUUUCAACAAUUAUGUUUUAUUCCACAUUGCAGGAAGUGUUCUUCUCAGUAAUGGCAUCUUUCCCUGCAUUUUUAUGGUAUUUUCUAGUUUUCCUCCUUGAGUGCAAUGACCCCUUGGCUUUUCAUAAUUUUUGGUAGUGUUUCUGAAGCAACAGGGUUGUCAGAUGGGAAGGAAAGCAAUACUUAAUCCUAGAAGUAUUUGUUGUGAGUACAUGAUGCCUUGAUUUGAGUGCUUCUUGGAGGUGUAAAUGUAUGAGGUUUAUUUUGUAUGUAUCGCUGGUGCUCCCACAGUGAGGCCGCCACUGUGAUGCCCCAAGUGUGCUGCCUGGCCCUGUCUUCUGCAUUCCUUACUGUGCUAGGAUGGACAUGUCUUGUACAACACAGUUCAGUUAUGACACUAGGGAUUUUGUUGAUUGCAGCUUUUCUCUGUGUUAUAUUGUUUGGUGAUAUUCAUGCAACACAAAACAUCAACUCUGUAAAUAGUAUAAUAACUAAAUAAAAUUAAAAGUCUCAGGAAAGAAUUUCAUGUUUUACACCAAGCAGUACAUUCACUGUGAGAGCACUGCCGAGUUGGCCUUUGCAGCACCUCGGGAGAGGUGCUUGGGAGUCAUGCUUGACUUGCAUGACUUGGCCGUGAGCCUUUCAGCCUGAGCUGGGAAAGCUUGUGCAGCCAAGACCAAUCUUGAGAUACUUCCAAAUAACAAUUUUUCAAGGCUUAUGUGGCUAAUAAUUGCCCAUCAAUUUGAAGAUCUCACAUAAUUUUAUGAAAGAAGAUGAGUGAAGUAUGUCAGUAUAGAAACUAGACAUACAAUGUCAAGAAAUUUAGGAAUCCCUGUUCCUUGAGCAAGCAGACAGAACAACCUUCUCAGCCAGGUUUAGACAAGCUAUAGGAGUAACCCUGCACUUGUCACUUUGGUUUUACCAACCUUUACAAUUGUCUUCUUCCAGCAUUAUUUCAUUUUUGGAAAAUGUAUUUAUCAACAUUUUUAAGUAGGUACAUGAAUAGUGGUGAAAAAUGCUAGCUAAGUGGAUAUUGUUCAAGUUGUUUUUGGUGAUGAAAUGAUCAAAAUUACAGUAGUACAUUCUUGUAUCACCUUUGUUGACAGCAUCUGUCACUCUUGUGUUGUGUUGCACUGUUUUUAUCUACCCAAACAACAAAGAAUUGAACCCAAGUACAACAUGCAUCAGGAAGCCGAAGUAAAGUACAUUUUCCUAAAUGCUAUCUGCAAAUUGACAAGUUUACUUUAAUUUGUUCAGUAUUUUGAAAUUCGGCAUUGCUCAGCACACUUGAAUAAACACUGAUCACACCACCACUUGUUGCUAGCCAACUAUGCAUCCUUUCUCGUCUUACUAUAGAAAAAUCCUUUUCUUGUGUGAAAGUACAUAUUUACAGAGUAAUGAAAUACAACUACUGAAUACAGUGAGAAAUUUUAUGUAUAUCAGAUCAGCCUUGUAGCUUGAAAGUGAAAAUACUGAGUGGGCAAGGCAUUGUUGAAAAGUUUGUCAAAGGAAAGUAAAGAGAAAGUAGAUGAUUAAUUUGGUAUGAAGAUAUCGGUAAAAUAUCGGAAGAACAACAAAUUUCUGGAAAGAAGUUAAAAGAGAAUAGGAGUGAAUGGGCUGAGAGUACUGGGACAGGGAAAGUUGGAAAUGCUUCUGCCGUGGCCAGCCCUUUGGGUAAAUCCCUGUGAGGGAGCAAGGCAGGCAGUGAGAUUUAGAUAGGCGGAUUAGCCCUGCAAUAUCAUUAUUUCAAUAAUAGAAGAACUGGUGCCCAUUAAUUAGGAAACUGUGCUAUGUGCUUUUUUGUAAUGCACUGAUAAUGGAACUGUUUCAUGAUGCCUUAAUAUAUUCAAUGUGGAAUCAAAAUAUAUAAAAAAUAAAAAAUGUGUAAAUGCAAGUAAUGUCAGACGUGUAAAUAAAGAUGAAAGUACCAUUCUGAAUGAUGAAACACACACACACACACACACACACACACACAGGUGUUCCAGGCAAUCAAAAUUUUAUAUUUAUUAAAAAGGUGAUGGUAAUGGCCAGUGAGGGUUGUCACUUAUCAAGUUCCUAUUGUGUCAGAAAAAUGAAGCUCUCUUGCCUGCACACUCCAGUUUGCCUCAAGUGAUAAAGCUGUAUGUAGAUAUAUUUUAGACAGUUUAGGAGUUGACUUGUAAUAACAUAGUCUUGUGUUGCAUUCAUUGUCUGGUGCUCUUGGAGUGGAAGAAUAAAACCCAAGUCACCAUUCUGUAUAUAACUUGAGUGUAGGUAGCCUUGUGAAACCAAGCCACGUGUUCUGUGAUGAGGCUCCACGGUGUGUGCAGAUAACUGGGUCACAAGCCUGUUCAGUAGUCAUCACCUGUCUGUCGUACAAACAGACACUACACUGAUUUGCUUUGGGUUUCUGUGGUGUCCUGUGGCAGGCCAGCAUAGACAGGUAGAGGGCUGUAUUACAAGCUGAAUCCGAGAAGUUUUGGGUCCCUACAGAGCUCGGGAUGAAUAACUCUGCAGGGACCCGAAACUUCUCAGACUUGACUUGUAAUACAGCCCCUAAACUGAACUCUAUAGGGACCUGAAACUUCUUGGAUUUGACUUGUAAUAUGGCCCAGUGUCUCAAGGUGUAGUGAUUUUUAUUUUUUUUCCAGGGCAUAAAAAAAAGGUAACAAAUGUGAAAAAAAGCCCGCUUCUCAAAAUUGUCUUUGUUACUUCACCACAAUGCAGCACAGAAAGACCUGAAGUACUCAUAUGACUAUAGUAUUUCUGCAAAAAUAAAGUAAAUGCUAAGUAUUUUGUACCAAAUUGAAGUCGUAGAUGUUCAUGGAAUUGCUGAGGGAGACUAGCUGAGUAGGGUUAUAUUUCAGACCCCAAAAUGGAAUGUAUUGCAGCUGUUUUAUCAUUAUAAUAUAUAGUUAUAUAUUGAAUUAUUUGAGUAUUUUUCUUACUGGCCUUCAUUCAAUCUUUAUUUUCUUACUAAUGAGGUCCCUGUACAGUAAAGGGCGGGUAAAGAAGAGAAUGGAAUGGAAUGGAGAGUAUAAGGAACCUGUCUCGUUGUGCUAGAAGUGACACAAACCACAUCCACCCAACCACUGAGAAGCACAAUGUUCGUAUGAAAUGGUUAAAGGGUCUGUGAAGGUGGACCAGAGGCAGGUAGGGUGUGUGAGCAGGGUGUGGUUAUUCGUAAAUAUUCUUAACCCCUCGACUGCAGAUUUCCUACAAGAAGACAUCACCAAGCUACAGGAAUGGAACAAAAAGUGGCUGCUACAAUUCAACGAAGAAAAAUGUAAAGUCAUGCACCUUGGGAGGGGAUAUCCAGCAUACCAAUACCACAUGGGAAACACUCCACUAUGCACCACAGAGGCAGAGAAAGACCUGGGAGUAUCUGUUACCAGGCUACCAGUGAAAGCCAGAUCCGUGCCAAUCGCAGCGGAUGGGUUAAGGAAGAAAUGAAUGACUUGUAUUAGCUGUAUUGCAACCAUUCUUUAUUCAUCUAGCUGGUACACAUCACUCCCUCUCUACACACAGCUAACACACAGGUACUAACAUCGGCCUGCCAUACAAGCCUCCUGCAGCCUCCCGCACAGUUGUUAUAGAGAGUUGCAUCAGGCGUUCAUGUCUCAGGUUCAGCUUAAUGAUUAUGCACAUAUCAAACAAAGGAGCUCAAGUUUAUAUUGUCAAAACAGUUAGCAAGUGAUUCAUUUCAUUCAUCAUCUCCAGUAACCACCUUUGCACACCAAACAUGUCACCUCACAUUAUGUAGAAUUAAUUUCAAUGCAUGGCACUAUUGACUUUUUAUAUAUAAAUCUUGCUAUAUAUACAGUAUAUCGACAUGGUGUUGUAUUAAGGCACUUUCAAUAUGCACUGAAACUAUGAGAAACCACACUCAGCAUUCUUCCACUGGUCAGCCCACACAAGUAACCAUUCCAGCCAUUCCUUCACUCAUAGAAGUCACUGUGCUGGGAACUCAACCGCACCAGAUGAAGUGACUAACCCAAAAAGUCCGAAUGUCCGCUUGUCACCUUCACUGUUACACGUCACACAGCUUUUCAGGGUUCAUAACACUUGACAGUAGGUGGAGGAGGAAAACACGCAACACUCCAGUGAUUCCCGAGUGUGUGCUGACCCUUGCGUGGCUGUCCAAUCCUCCUUGUCACUGCAACACUCAACAUUCAACACAUAUCCCCUGCAAAACUCCACACCACUGCACCACUCAACACAUAUCCACUUGACCAUGCUUGCCAAGUCAGUCCGUAUCACUUGAACACGACUAAUGAAAUCAAGCCUCCACGUGUCUCUAGGAACAUGUAUCUUUAGAACACUAAGGAUGAUGGAUGUACAUAAAUUCCUCUCCUGUGUGCCCCGUCAUCAGCUCCUGUGCUACUGUUUGACAUAACCACACAUACAGUCCCCUGAGGAAGGACCACUCACUCUCAUUCCAAACAAUAUAUUUACCAGGAAACAAUAAGAUGAAAAUGUAACCACUAUGUAAGAACUCUAGCUUAGGUUCAUGAUACAAGACCACACUAUUACAUGUUUGAAGGUCAUAAUGAGAUCACUCUUACAAAAUGACACUUUUAUAAGCAGUGUCGCAUCAGCCAGUUAACAAAUGAAACAUGAUUGAUAACAUCUUAAAUUCAUAUUGGUUAAAAUUUUGUGCUUUAAUUGAGUAUAUUCCCUUUUCUGAAAGUACUACAUGGGGGCACCUCUUGUCCUUGUCAUUAAUAUGCUGAUAGUUUCGUGAAUGAAGAGAGGAGAAAGGAGGAGAGUGUGGAAAGAGAAAGUAAGGUGAAUGAGGAGGAGGAGGAGAAGGAGCAUGUGGGUAGGAGAUUGCUAAGUAUGGAGGUAGAGGGCAGGAGGAAAAAAAGAGGAAGGCCAAUGAAGAUCUGUAUGAGUGUACUGUGUGAGAGAUUUGAAGGAAAAAAGGGCAAAAGGGCAAGAUCAAACAAGGCAAAGGAAAAAAUAAUAAGGAAAAGGCUGGUCAUAAACAGUAGGAAAAAGUUAUCAAGACAAAGAAA